AUGCUGAAAUAUCUGACAAUCUUUGAUCCUUCAAGGAGUCACGGUGAAGACGACACAUACAGGGAAUUGCUGCUGUACCAUCAGUUCGUGAGAAAUGGUGAUCAACGAGAUGGCAAUGACAAUGGUGAACGACCGGAAGGUGGUACAACGAAUAAUGUUAAGCUUUCACAGAUUGGGAUUAUUCAAGGUAUCUGGACGUUGACUCAAUCGCUGGGAGGUGUUGCAGAGGAGACAGAGAAAGUCAUUGAAUUGGACAAGGAAACAAUUUUAGUUAUCAAAGUUGAACAAAAGUAUUUUAUAGCCAUCUGUUUGGCAAGAGAUAAGCAAGCUAGUGUAUCUUCUCACUUUUAUUUGAAACAACUGUGGUUAAGUUACCGAUUCUUCAAUUUGAAAUAUGGGCUAUUUGAUAAUUGUAAUGAUACAAAGUUGAGUGGGUUACUUAAUGAACAUUUCGUCAUAUUUUGGAAUAAUAUCUUCUUAAAACCUGAUAUUAUGAUACGAAAAGGUUUGGAAUUGUUAUGGGAUGAUAAGUUUAAAGUGGCUGAGUUUCCUCAAAUGAAAGAUCCAUCAUGGGAAUCUAAGAUUAUUCAGGACAUCUUACUCGCGAAGGAUAGUUAUCUUGGUAUUAAGGACAUUGCUCUGUAUCAUUUACCCAAGAGUAACGUCCCCAAGAAAAAUCGUCUUAACAAUAAGACGUUUGGGUUUAUGAGAAACUUCACUUCCAACUUGGAGACUUUGCCUGAUCUUUCCAAUUGGAUAUACCAUUUGCAUUCAGUAUACGACGAGUUAUCUAGUCAUAUCAUUGCAGGGAAUGUGCAUUACAAAGAACUACCUACAGAAGAUCAACAACCAGCAACCAAUGAUAAUACUGCUACUACAUUGAGACCAGAAGAUAACGUGACGUCGAAUGCCAACUUCAAGGAUAAAUUUUUACAUAAUCUGACCUUACCCAUCUCCUUCGCCUAUGACGCCGUCCAAGAAGUCGGAGCCACAACAGGGAUAUCCAGUAGUAUGUCGAUAUUGCGAGAUUAUAUACCUAGAUGGCCAAUGACUACCACACAGGAACCGCAGGAAUCGCCCCGAAUGGGGAUGAAUGCCCACAAUAAUGAAACUGAAUCUGAAUUGGAUCGUUCACGAUACGCAUAUUUAAUUUCACCAAUGUGUGCUGAACUAUUGCCAGAUGGUUACAAGUUGCAAAAAUUGAAGUUGAAAUUCACAGAUACGGACAAGGAGCUCAAUACAUAUGAUUGUCUGUUCUGGUACUACAAUGAUGUACUAGCCAUCAUUAUUUGUCACGAGGGAUUUAGUAAGAUUUGGGAUCAAGAAUAUUUGAAAGAUUUAAGCUAUAAGUUGUCUGAAGGUGUGAGACAAUUUUAUGAAGUGGCUUUCCCCACGGUGACUCAUCAUCAUGACUCGGUGGAAUCAUUUGCAUAUAUGUUGGUGACGCCGACGCAAAUCAAGUCUUCCAUUCCUACUUGUUACGGUUCUCAUGAUACUUUGGAUGUAUCGCCGUUGACGCUCGUGAUUAACGGGUUGGACUCUAUGUUUACUGGGGGAUUGGGAAACCAUAAUACUGAUGAUGCGGAUGAUGGUGAAGACAAUGACAAUGAUAAUGAAAGGAAUUGGGGGGUUGACAUAAUGGGUGGAUUGUUUGGAUAUGGUGAUUCUCAGAAGGUGACUGUUAAGAAGAAGAAACUGGAGAAGAGAGUACGAUAUACCAAUUUCAUUGAUUCCAUGGAUGACGAUAAGUUAUGGGAGUUACAUGUGAUGAUCUUCAAAUUUUUGGAAUCAUUGAAGAAUUCAAGAAGGCAGGAUGGGUUUAUUGAGGAGAGAUUACUGCGUUUAAAUAAUGGUGUGUUGUGCUACAUUAGAGAGGAUAGAGGCAAUGAUGAAUUAGUCAUUAUUGUAAAGAAUUGGUUUGAGAUGGACACCAUGGCUAAUGAGGGAAGUAACGGAUUAUUCUCUAGUUUGGGCAAGGAUGUCACACAAUGGUGGGAUAGUAUACGUGAGGGUGAGUAG